ACAUUUGAUAGGUGGGCAUCGUAAGUGGUUUGACGACUAGAACAAACCUAAGUCGCAGCUGGCGGAAGUAAAAUAUUCCAGUCUCAGAAGGAAGUAAAAUUCAGCGGUCGCUAUUGCAGACGCAAGUGCCCGUUUCCCGUUUGAUUUGAUAUCUCUAAGAUUGCCUGUCAGAAGGUCUAGCCGAGCAAAUGAGUGAAGAGAAUUCGAAAGUACGCAUCAGAAAAAUGGCGCACGAGCACAGGAGCGAGCGGCUGUCCCUGUCGGCGGGGCUGGCCGUGUGCAGCUUGGCGGUAACCGUGGCCGUCCUGCUCGUGAGCUUCCUGCACAGCGGAGGCCAGGUUCGGCAAGACGACGUCGCCUCCCUGCGAGAGCGGCUUGCCUCGGUGGAGAAGGAGUUGGUGUACUGGAGAGAGAAGAGUCAGUCACUUCUGGAACGUGUGGCUGUGGUGGAGACUAAGAUACAAGACGGAUUCUGGUCGGAACAUAGUUCCGUACUGGACACAGAGGCUGACUCCCCGAUGACGCCCGAGGGCCCGAAGAGUUCCGACAGCGGUUCGUCAGGAGUCAACAGUGACGCAGUCCGGGUGAGGUCAAAGAGGCAGGCUGUCGGCGCAAACACGGUCAGAUUGCCAAUUUCAGGAUGUAUGCAAGGUCCUCCUGGCCCCCUGGGCCUGUCGGACGGGACGGUCGGGACGGGGUACAGGGACCCCGGGCCUGGCUAG